AUGCUGGAGCGUGCAAGAACUGUUCACAGAUUUGUGAACCAACUGAGGUUAGGCUCGAAGCACAAACGGAAUUUUUGGAAGAAGUCAAGCUCCAACACUAAUGUCUCCGAAACGAGUUUGGAGACGACGAACAAGUCGUCUGCAAGUAUUAUGCUCACCAACGGUGUGCACACGUCAAAUGAAGCAUCCUCCAACACUUCACAUCACGUUGAGUCUUCAGAGAUGAGUUUUAUCAGUAUGGAGCAUGAACUGGGCGAUAUCUCGGAGCAGUUUUACCUUGUUCCUAGCAGCGAGCGGAACGUGCCCUCCAAGCAACAGUCUGAGAGCUCGUCAACGUAUUCAGAUAACUUCAACUUCGAAUGGGUCAAUGAUAUCAUCAGCAUGUAUAUGACCUAUGACUCCGAAAUGCCGAAAUCGACUUUCCUUGAGGCAGACUAUGAAUACUACAGUAAUUUUUUGUAA